AAUAAAGUGUCGGAACACGCCCUGUCGUCCGGCCCCCCUCCACCGCCGGGCCGUGGCGAGCCGUGCCUACACAAACGCUCUCCCAGCGGUCUCCGGGCUCACUCCACUCGCAGCCACAAACUUGUGCCGAUCAGCCGUGUCCGGUGUCCCCGUAGACGAAACCUAACUUAUCAAAAUGUGUGACGACGAUGUUGCCGCCCUCGUUGUGGACAAUGGAUCCGGUAUGUGCAAGGCCGGCUUCGCCGGAGACGACGCUCCCAGGGCCGUCUUCCCCUCCAUCGUCGGCCGACCAAGGCACCAGGGUGUCAUGGUUGGUAUGGGACAGAAGGACUCCUAUGUAGGAGACGAAGCCCAGUCCAAGAGAGGUAUCCUCACCCUCAAGUACCCCAUUGAGCACGGUAUUGUCACCAACUGGGACGACAUGGAGAAAAUCUGGCACCACACCUUCUACAAUGAACUGCGAGUUGCCCCUGAGGAACACCCCGUCCUGCUCACAGAGGCUCCCUUGAACCCCAAGGCCAACAGGGAAAAGAUGACACAAAUCAUGUUUGAAACCUUCAACACACCAGCCAUGUACGUCGCUAUCCAGGCUGUCCUUUCCCUGUAUGCCUCUGGCCGAACCACUGGUAUCGUGCUGGAUUCUGGUGAUGGUGUCUCCCACACCGUCCCCAUCUAUGAAGGUUACGCCCUGCCCCAUGCCAUCCUUCGUCUGGACUUGGCCGGCCGUGACCUUACAGACUACCUCAUGAAGAUCCUGACUGAGCGUGGCUACUCUUUCACCACCACCGCCGAGCGUGAAAUCGUUCGUGACAUCAAGGAGAAGCUUUGCUACGUCGCCCUCGACUUCGAGCAGGAGAUGGCCACCGCCGCCUCAUCAAGCUCUCUCGAGAAGUCGUACGAGCUUCCCGACGGUCAGGUCAUCACCAUCGGAAACGAGAGGUUCCGUUGCCCCGAGGCCCUCUUCCAGCCUUCCUUCCUGGGUAUGGAAGCUUGCGGUAUCCACGAGACCACAUACAACAGCAUCAUGAAGUGCGAUGUCGACAUCCGUAAGGACCUGUACGCCAACACUGUCCUGUCCGGUGGUACCACCAUGUACCCUGGUAUUGCUGACCGCAUGCAGAAGGAAAUCACUGCCCUGGCCCCAUCAACAAUGAAGAUCAAGAUUAUCGCUCCCCCUGAAAGGAAAUACUCCGUAUGGAUCGGUGGUUCCAUCUUGGCCUCCCUCUCCACCUUCCAGCAGAUGUGGAUCUCCAAGCAAGAGUACGACGAGUCUGGCCCCUCCAUUGUCCACAGGAAGUGCUUCUAAUUAUUUUCACCAUGACUUUGUAAACGUUGUUCUACAUUCCUAUGGCAAGGGGUGUGCCGGACAGAAGUGGCAGGCGGCCAUCUCAUCAAACAUCGUCACCAUGCAGUUGUAUUAUAAAAGUGAUUCCAUCUUUU